AUGGCGRACAGAAAGUGAAUUAUUUUUUCCAUACAUUUAAAGGAACAAAAUGGACGAAAAUUAGGCUGAUUUUAAUGCUUUACCAUCAAAGUUGUAAAACUCUUUAGUAGUUUACUAUGGGGUCAUUGAAUGAGGUCUGGUUGGCUAAAAUCAAGGAAUUUCGAGGGACGAAACUAGUAGGAAAUCAACAAAUCGAUGACAAUUUCAUGUUAGAUAUCCUUGAGGAACUGUGCCAUGAAAAUAUUUCUGAGUAUGUUAAACUACAGCUGUUGUUUGCUUUGCAAGAAAAGGUUUCAAGCUUUUCCUCAGAUAUAACAAGCAUUGAAUGUGCUGUUGGGUCUUUAAARGAYAUGUUUCUACAUCCAUCAGGCCACCCGUCACAAUUCUAUCUUAGUCAAAUAUUAGUAACAGGAACAUGUCUGGUCAUYUCUUCUGAUCUCCUUAUCAAAAGCCAUGAAGUCUUUGUAGCAUUUGUGGGAGUACUGACAGACAUCAUUGAGAAGGUGAAAAGCUCCAGUAACCUUCUUGUUAGAAAAGCUGCAUGUGAAUGUGUUUGGGAAAUAGAGUUUAAUUACCCUGGCAUAUUUCAGGCAAAGCUAGGCACACUGUACAAAUAUUGUGAUGCAGAAUCCAGUCCUAUCUUCCAAAGUUAUAUGGUUUUGUUUGUUACAGUCUUGCGCCAUACAAUUGAGCAACUGGCAUCAAAUUCUUUCAUAGAAUUGGAGACUGACUAUUUGGACAAACUCUUAACAGAUUAUACAGAGCCCCUGAAGCCUUUGGUUUUUGCAUCGRACGUCACAGCUGACUCUUUUCAGUUGUCUCUUCGAUCUCCACCCUGUGGUGUCCCUUUAUUGURUCUUCCYGAAAAAGUGMACACCAAAGAGUUGAAAAGAGCAAUAUCUUUUACAAUGGAAAACCUUGGACUCCUGAAUACCACUGCACUGUUUUAUUCCAUGUUAGAGCUAAUGCAUUGUAUUAAGCAUUCAGAGCUUUCUCCAAAUACUUUCAUGUCUCAGUUUAUUCAGUGGAUCUCAUCUUCAGAUAUCUCUAUUUUUCACAUGCUUCUGUUCUUAAGGCUCAAGUUCUCAGUUGAUAUGUUCCAAGAAUGUGAUGAUAUCCUGUUAUUACAGAGGUUGUUUAUCUUAGCUGGUCAGCCAACAUUACCAAAUGACUAUCGCCUCCUUUGCUUUAAAUGGUUGAUUCACUUUCCAGAGGAGUUGUGUAAGACAGGCCGUGCACCAAAUCAACCAACAGCAUCGUCAUUCUUUAUGGAAGAUGUUCAUCAAUACUUAUAUCCGUCAGGUUUUGAUAGUUUAGAUGUCGUCCAGGAAAAGUUAAAGCUWCUUUGUCUAUUUUUCCACACCAAUGACAACCAAGAUUCGGAUUGCACUGUUGUGUUAAUGAAUUGUCUAUCGUUGAUCAAUAAACAAGUUCUUCUUGGUGUUGGUGGCAACAGAAUAUGUGCAUUGUUUAGGACAUUGUUUUGGUAUUACACAUAUUUCCAUGACACUUUACUUGUCAGAGACAUUUACAGGUGAUUCAGUAAAGUAUUCAUAUCAUGCACAAAAUGA